CUAGCCCAGCACAGUCCCGCCCUCAGGCCGUGCCACGCCCCCUCUACCUGAUCCUGCGCAGUUGCCGCGCGCCCCGCCUGCCAUGGUCAACUUGGGCCUGUCCCGGGUGGAUGACGCAGUAGCCGCCAGGCAUCCGGGCCUAGGGGAGUAUGCUGCGUGCCAGUCCCGCGCCUUCAUGAAGGGCGUUUUCACGUUUGUCACAGGUGCUGGGGCGACCUUGGGCCUGCAGAUGUUCUUUCAGAGGAAGCUUCUAUACCCUUUUCAGUGGAGCGUGCUGGUAGCUGUGGUCACAGGUUCAGUGGCCAGCUACUGGGUGACCCGAGUGGAAUCGCAGAAAUGCAGAGAUCUCUGGCUCUUCCUGGAGAUGGACCAGCCCAAAGAUACGAGCACAGAUCACCGCAGCUAGGAGAGCUCCAGCCUGGACUUAGAAGACCUGGGGCCUGAAAUUCUACCACACAACCCUUGGCACCUCUACCCCCAGUUGGCCCUCCCCAACCCUAAGGUGUCCCGCUGUGUCCCCUGCAUGUAUAUGUGACUAGUCUGCCUGUGUGAUUUUUCUCCUGUCCCAAGCUAGGACCCUACCUAUAAAUCAGCCCAGAAAGUGUGAUUCCUGGGGUGCUGACCUCUUAUAGGGCAGUGAGAACAUGACAAGAGUAUGAGCACCAAAGAGGAAUAUGGCCUGUUAGACACAUGCAUUUGGGGAAAAUGGCUCUGGGUUGCCUCGUGGAUGGAAUUUCUCUCAAUAGCACUGACUUUCUGGCCCCUGCAUCCCCCUUGGUGACAACUGCUGCAUGGAAAAUAAAUAAACACCUUUCCCUUUCCCCCCUCCUGACUCCUAAAGAAAUUGGCAACAAGUGGAAGUUGUAAGAUGAGGGAUCAAAUGUCACCUUUGGGCCACACAGCUGUCAGUGGAAGACAUGCCAGGGGAGUUCUCACAGUGAACCUCAGAAAGAUAUACUCCCCCUGACAACCCUCUGUGGUCACCAAAACCUUUGACUAAGAGUCUGCCUCCUACAACUUGGCAUGUAGCCCAUGGCCUGACUCCCAAGAGACAAGGGACAGGAAGUAGCUAUAUCCACCUGCCUUUCAUUGAAAAUGCAUCUGUCAGAUAAAGGGAGUCUCCCCCAGGGGAAGAGGGAGGAAAACCAAAGUUAGCUCACUGGAGCUCUGUAUCCACAUGGUCUGCUGCCACAGAAGCCCUCUGAGAAGAAAGGCAGAUUUAUGAAGCCUGGGCAAACCCAGCAUCCCAUGCAGUCAGCUUCCUGAUAAUCUGAAAGCACCCAGCUGGCACCACCCCUGGUCCCACGCCUCUAGCCUGGCAGUCAUUCAAAAGAACAUUUUUUUGAGUGCCUUCAGUGUGUCAGGUGGAUGGAAUUUCUCUCUCAAUAGCACUGAUUUUCUGGCCCCUCCAUCCCCCUUGGUGACAACUGCUGCAUGAAAAAUUAAUAAACACCUUUCCCUUUCCCCCCUCCUGAGUUAUGGGUGACAUAAGCAAGCUUGAAUUUUUGUUUUCUGUCAUGUAGAAGUCUAACUGGGUGGGCCAGAGCUAAUGUGGAGUCAUAGGUCCAGGCUGUUUCCCACUGCAGUGGAAAAAUCCUACCUCAUGGUCCCAAGAGACUAUGCCAGUUCCAACUUUUUUUUUUUUUUUUUUUUGCCUCCAAGGUUAUUGCUGGGGCUCAGUGCCUGCACUAUGAAUCCACUGCUCCUGGAGGCCAUUUUCCCAUUCUGUUGCCCUUAUUGUUGUUGUCAUAGCUGUUGUUGGAUAGGACAGAGAAAUCGAGAGAUGGGGAAAACAGUGGGGGAGAGAAAGAUAGAUACCUGCAGACCUGUUUCACUGCUUAUGAAGCGACCCCCCCCCCCCCAUGCAGGUGGGAAGGGGGUGCUAGAACUAGUCGUUAGGCUAGUUCUUGCAUUUUGGGCUAUGUGCUACCACCUGCCUCCCCCCCCCUUUUUU